CCCCCCCACCCAGCCAGAGAGGCGCCCCCCGACCUUGUGCAUCUGUUGCUUUCCAGCCUUGUCCAGCCCGAGUGCAAUUGUUCACAGGACGUCUGCAGCUGGGCCUCGCAUAGUUUGCUUUGCUGCCGCAGGACGUCGUCUUCAUUCACUGCCCGUGCAUUGUGCUUGGCGGCCCAUACGUCUGCGUGGUGAAGCCGUGGGAAGCAUGCCCUGGGUUCGUCUGGACAUCAUCGUAUUGGCUUUCUACAUCUCAUCGGUCUAAAGUCUACCGAACCCAGUCCACCUGUCCGGAUACCCCCUUGGGUGAGCAGACAGUAAAGAUGCAUACACAGAAAGUGGGCAGCCCACUGAACAAGAUCAUCAAUGUUCGCAUACCAAAUAAGCCGCCAUCAUCCCUCUGGGACAUUGCUAUCCAAGACGGCAGGAUAGCCUCUGUAUAUGCUCACAAUGAUGCUUCGUCGCACGAAGAGAGCGAACACACUCUGGACGGACAAAACCGCCUGCUUGCGCCAUCGCUGUGCCAUGCCCACAUCCAUCUCGACAAAUGCUUUCUCCUCCAAGACCCCAAGUUCAGCGACCUGCAGAUUGAGAGUGGCGACUUCAACGAGGCCAUGAGCAUUACUGGCCAAGCCAAGUCUCGGUUCGUCGAAGAUGAUCUGCUCAGGAGGGGCACGCGGCUCAUCGAAGAAAGCAUCCAGCACGGCGUUACCGCCAUGCGGGCAUUUGUAGAAGUCGAUGGCGUCGUGGAAUUGAAGUGUCUGCACGCAGGCCUGAAGUUGAAAGAGCUUUUCCAAGAUCGGUGUGAGGUGCAGAUCUGCGCAUUCGCUCAGCUGCCACUGUUUUCUGGCCAAGAUGAAGGUGCACAAGUAAGGGAACUGAUGACGGCUGCCGUCUCUUAUGAAAAAGUAGACGUGCUUGGUAGCACGCCGUAUGUUGAGGACAACGAGCGCAAAUCUAUAGAAAAUGUGCGAUGGAUCACUCAGUUGGCCCUUCAGCAUGACAAACACCUAGACCUUCACCUCGACUACUUCCUCGAAGAGGAAAAGCAACCGCUCGUUUGGACUGCCUUGGACAUCAUCAGAGAGCUUGAAUGGGACAAAAAGGACGGCGGCAAACAGAUAGCGCUGGGACAUUGUACCCGGUUGACAAGGUUCCGGAACGACGAGUGGACGCACCUGAGACAAGAAGUGGACAAGUUGCCCAUCUCUUUUGUUGGCCUUCCCACUUCCGACCUAUUUAUGAUGAGGACUCCGGAGAACAUACGUGGGACGUUGCCCAUUACAGAGCUCAUCAAUGAGCAUGGCUUCAAUGCUGCCAUUGCUAUCAAUAACGUAGGAAAUGCCUUCACUCCCUAUGGCAACUGCGAUCCUUUGGCUGUCGCAUCGAUCGGGGUUGGAGUCUACCAGGCUGGGACAAAGAAAGAUGCUGAGCUGUUAUAUGAAACCGUUUCUACCCGUGCAAAGACUAGCAUUGGAUGUGAAGCUACAGAUCUGACCUUACAGCCGGGACAGCCUGCCGAUUUUCUCAUGUUUGAUAGAAUGGAAAACGGCUGGCACUACAGGAAAAGCAUUGCAGAGGUUGUUUACGAUGCUGGACAUGCUCGUCAGACAGUCUACAGGGGUCGAUUGACCGCCUCUCAAGGUUGAUUGCAAGCCUUCCGCCCAGCUACUACAAUACAACAAAUCAACAGCCUCUUUCGUUUCAUACUC